AUGCCUGGAUUCAUUCCCAAGAAGUUCCCCGGCAAGAUUGCCGAGCCGAUGGUCCCUUUCUACGCUGCUGGUCUCAUCGUCCUGUAUGCGAUCAAUGCCGGCGCCAACGCCAUGAUGGCUUCGGAUGAAUUCAAGAACGACCCGCGCAAUCCCAACCAGGCGGCGUCCGGCACCCCCAAAUCCGCGCAUUAA